AACUUUUUAAUUGUUCUGAAGUCUAAACAAAUUGGAUAUAGUUGUCCGGCAUUUCCAAAGAAAACAUUGUCGGUCACUCUUCAUUCUCAACAUAACUGAAAGUUAAAAGGAGCAAAAUGGAACAAAUAGAGCACAAAUACGUUGAAGUAAAUGGGCUAAAGCUUCAUUUAGCUGAAACUGGAAGUGGGAAUUCCCCAGUUGUGGUGUUCUUGCAUGGUUUCCCUGAAAUAUGGUAUACUUGGCGAUAUCAGAUGAUAGCUGUGGCCAAAGCUGGUUUCAGAGCUAUUGCACCCGAUUUCAGAGGAUACGGGUUAUCGGAUCAGCCACCCGAACCCGAGAAAACCACUUUUCUUGACUUGGCUAAUGACACCCUUGCACUUCUUGAUGCUCUUGGCAUCUCUAAGGCUUUUCUCAUUGGCAAAGACUUCGGAUCUGCUGUCAUUUCCCUAUUUAUCCUUCUCCACGGGGAGAGAGUCUCUGGAUUUAUUACCAUGGGAGUGCCAUUCUUGCCCCCACAACCUUUCAAGUACACUGAAUACCUCCCUGAAGGCUUCUAUAUUUCGCGAUGGAGGGAACCUGGUAGAGCUGAAGCUGAUUUUGGUCGUCUUGACGCUAAAACAGUUGUGAGGAACAUCUACAUUCUUUUUUCUAGAAGUGAAAUACCAAUAGCCAAUGAAAAGCAGGAAAUCAUGGACAUUGUGCAACCUUCGACCCCUCUACCCCCUUGGUUCUCUGAAAAAGACCUGGAAACAUAUGGAGCUUUGUAUGAGAAAUCUGGAUUCCAGACUGCAUUGCAGGUUCCAUAUAGGUCACUGCUUGAACAAGCCAACUUUACAGAUCCAAGAGUUCAUGUCCCGGCACUAUUCAUUGUUGGUGAGAAGGAUUAUUUCCUCAAAUUUCCAGGAGUCAAAGACUACAUAAGUGGAGGACUCAAAAGUUUAGUCCCUAAUCUGCAGAUGGUUAACUUGCCAGAAGGAACCCAUUUUGUUCAAGAACAAUUACCUGACGAGGUCAAUCAACUCGUGCUUGACUUCCUUACGAAGAAUAGCCAAUCAUGAAAUCAUCAAUAAGGCUUUGUCCGAAAGCUUUCAACAGUUCGGUUGUUGCAUCUAUUCGGAUGUGUGAAUGAAUAACUCCAUCUGUGAUGUUCUAUCAAGUCCUAGUUGUUUUUUACAUGUAAAGUUGUACUGCAGUAAGCCGGUGACCCUAGAGUUUCUAGUCUACAUCUUCAAUAUGAGUCACUAAUGCUUGCAUUAGGGUAGGUUAUCUACAUCACACCCCUUGGUGUGCAGCAGUUCCUCGGUCGGACCCUGCGUGAAUGGGGAUGCUUUGUGCAUCGGACUGCCCUUAUCUUCAAUACGAGAGCGUCUGUAAUAAUAUCCAGUGUACUUUCCUGGUAAAGCUGAAAAGGUUUGAAUAAAUGCAAAACUGAAUGCUCUUGAGACCCUAGGCUGAAA